UUCGGUUGCAAAAGCAACAGCCGCCACCGAAUCAAUCGAGAGGCACAAAGGAGGCGGCUUGCUGGCGGUGGCAUUAUUUGUUUUAAGCGGACCAGAGCUGCGGAAGGACAUCAACCGCACACAAGGGGAUGGCGAUCAAUCGAGAAACAUAGACCGGCGGUUAUGGAUUGGAGAAGGCUGGAUUUGCGGGGAGAUGGGGAUCGACAAAAUCAAAGGUGGAAGGUUAGUGCAUGGAAUGGAUUCAUGAUGCAUAAG